GCACCAAAUUGUGGAGGUUUAGUAGAGCUCUCCUCAUAAAGUCCUGGGAGAUUCUAUCACCACCCAGAGAUCUUUUGUGAUGUAGUCAGUUGUAAAGAUCUACAAGUUAUACUACUACUUGAAGAAGUGCACGGAAAAAGCACUCGAAACUCAGGUCUGAUGUUGACACUUCACCAUCAUUGUCAUUAAAAUAUUAUUAAAAUAAUUGUCUCAGGAAAUAGCUUGUGUUUCUCGCAUUGGCAGGUUCAUUCCUCAAUUUAUCUUCAUCUAGAGUAACAGAUCAUAAUGAAAUAGUAAAAGGACAAGUUACGACGAUUAAAGCAAACGGCCAGCUGUUAUGCGUCUCUGUAAUCUUCUAUUCGAGCCGUUACCAGUUGGUAGUAAUAACUGCUUCCCGCACCAUAUAAAAGGCCGUGUAUAGAUUAAAUCCUAUCAGUGAUUAUCUCGAUCUUAUGUGAGCAAGUAAUGCAGCUAAUCAAAUGGAAAUUAAGGAAUUAUUUCUGCCAUCUAGGCAUUAUAGUUCUCAGAAAGGCCGCUUUUGUAUCACUUCAGUCGCUAGGUCUGGUUUGUGAAUAAACGUAGGACGCUUUGUAUGACAACAAUCAGAUUAAGUUUGUGUAUCCAGAUGUUUUUGAAACUUUCCUAAGUACCGCUCAACACAAAACAGUAAAUGCUACUGGUUUUCCAAACUACCAUUCCCUCUGGCGUUGAUGGUAUCUGUAAACCCCGUUGUAAUAAUAAACCUGUUACUAUACGUGAGGUCUUCCUAAUAAUGACUUGCAUCCAACAUAAUUUGAUCGUAUGCAGUCUAUGUUAUGCACCUGUGACGCAACUAGUCCUCUGAAGCAAUACAUAAUAUCAUAUCCACAUCUUACCUAAGGAUUUGCAGUAGAAUAUAAACUAUGGAAAGUCAAACUAUAAUAGGUCGACAUAACUGUUGACAGAUCAUACAGAACUUAAUCAGAUAGUAGACAGUAAGAACAUCGAAUAAUUAGGAUAUUCUGUGUGAAUACUCGUUUAUAGCUACUAUUGACCAGAUUAAUUUACAAGUGUAGAUUAUGUCAGGUUAAAGUGAUUAUGUACUGAUUUCAACAAGCAAUUAAAAUCUAAAGUACUCAGGAGAGGUGAUUGUCUUGGGUUGGCGCAUCUGUUAUCUUUGUUUUGUUUACACCUGACCCCCCAACCUUGAUUAGUAAGGCAGUUUUUGGACCAUUAUUCCACUUUUCACUUGCUUGAACUAAUAAGCUGCACUUUAUGGGGUUCAGAUGCUGAUUUAAUAUACAUUCCAUUCUCCAGGUUUGCUCAAAUCAGUAUUCCACUUUUAAAUGUGAUCUUGGUAAUUGGUUUUGUCCGAAAAAUAAAAUACUUCCACAAUAAUUCAUAUUACAGUUAGUGUUUUUUGAUGGAUUUAGAUCUAGAAUGGAAGUUAGUGUACGUUAGCAGCGCAUACAACCCAUCUUUAGACCAGACAUUGGAUUCCAUCUUAGUUGGUCCAAUUCCAGUUGGUCGUCAUCAAUUUUCUUUUGAGGCUAAUGCUCCUGAUCCAAAAAUAAUUCCUAAUGAAGAUAUUGUUGGCGUAACAGUUGUGCUUAUACAAGCUUUGUACAGAGAUAAAGAGUUUAUACGUGUUGGUUAUUAUGUUAACAAUGAGUACAAAACAGAAGAAUUACGUCUUGAACCACCGGCUGAACCUCUGCUUAACGAACUGGAACGACAUGUAAUAGCUUCAGACCCUCGUGUUACUCGCUUUCCAAUUGACUGGGGUGAUGGUCUCUUAGAUGGGUGUCCAGAACCAGAACAGCCUACAGAAGAUAACGAAGAGUCUAAUUUACUGGGUAAUGAAGAACAAGUGGAAAAUAUUUCUCAACUGGAUCAGGAAAAUGAGGAUCAAAAUAAUAAAUUAGACCCAUCUAACUUUUGUGAAGGCCAGUCUGGCGUACAGUUUAUAGAAAAUGCAUCGUGUAUGCCGCUCCAUCCUGUCCAGUCAUCAACUGUUCCUGUCGACACUUUUUGAAUUGCUUGAUAAACGUUACUUUCAAGAUUGCAUUUUAAAAUAAACUUUUAUAUCAGAAUUUAUCACACGUCUAUGAUGAUAUUGCUAUUGUAUGUUCAACUCGCUAUACUAGGUAUCGCUCUUUUUUAUGCCUACAAGAUUUAAUACGAUUAACAUUUUUUUAACUGUACAACUGUUCGAUGUACCUAAUAGCAUUCUAAUUUU